AAUAUAAAUAAGUAUAAAGCUAGAACAACUUUACGGAGCGGAGAAGACGAAGGUCUGAGAGAGAAUGGCUGGAAAAUGGAUUAAGCUAGAACAAAAAGGAACAGGACCUGGAGCAAGGAGCUCCCAUGCCGUUUCACUUGUUGGCCAAAAGGCCUAUGUCUUUGGUGGUGAAUUCACGCCCCGUGUGCCCGUGGACAAUUAUAUGCAUGUGUUCGAUCUUGAGCAGCGAACUUGGGCUAUUCUAGAUGUUACAGGUGAUGUUCCUCCUCCCCGUGUCGGUGUCACAAUGGCUUCAAUUGGGAGUACCAUCUUUGUCUUUGGUGGCCGAGAUCAAGAACACAAAGAGCUCAAUGAGCUCUACUCUUUUGACACUAUAACUAACAAGUGGUCAUUGCUCUCAUCUGGUGAUACCGGUCCUCCACACAGGAGCUACCACUCCAUAACAGCUGAUGAUAGUUGUAUUUAUAUCUUCGGUGGUUGUGGCAAUGCUGGCCGCCUAAAAGACCUUUGGGCAUUCGAUACCAUUGCUCACAAUUGGAUCAUGUUUCCUUUACCAGGUGAAACUUGUCAUCCCCGGGGUGGCCCUGGGUUGGCUGCCUGUGGAGGCAAGAUAUGGGUUGUGUAUGGCUUCUCCGGUGUGGAGCUCGAUGAUGUACAUUACUUUGAUCCAGUGACAGAGAAUUGGACCCUUGUGGAGACCUCCGGGGACAAGCCAUCUCCUCGCAGCGUCUUCUCCACGGCAUGCAUUGGCAAGUAUAUAUAUAUUUACGGCGGAGAAGUAGACCCAAGUGACCUUGGCCAUCUAGGUGCCGGGAAGUUUGCUCAAGAAGUAUAUGCACUGGAUUCUGAUACACAUGUUUGGGAGAGACUCAAGGAGGAAGCUGAUGCCGGUGAGCACCCGGGGCCACGGGGUUGGUGUGCAUUCUCUGCAGGGACUAUGGAUGGAAAGGACGGCCUGCUUGUAUUUGGCGGGAAUUCGCCAACCAAUGAUCGACUUGGUGACAUUUUCUUCUUUAUUCCUAGUCUCUGAAGACUUAAUAUAGACUUUGAAAUUUCAGGUUUUGCAUUUUGAACUCUAGUUUCGGUUGCCAUUUGAAGAAGUUUGAUGUAAUCUAUAUAUAUAUAUAUGGAUGUAUGUGGGUAAUAAGCUUUUGAGUUGGUUUAGUAUAUCGGUUUUUCGGACUAAUGACGAUGUUCUAUGUAUCUAAUUGUGUAUAUGAGUGUUGCAUUUGAAGGUAAUAUACUAGAUAUAAUACUAGUA